CCCGCCAAAACCUUGCUCUAUGCAAACCCCUCCCACUUCCCUUCCCCCAAUCUCUCUUCCCCACACGCCAAAAACUCAAAUCAAAUCAAUGGCAGAAACUCAAGGGCUCGUCUCCAAUAAACGGAAGAGAUCAUCCCAUCCUUUCAUGGGCACAUCCACCCGCAGCAAAUCCCAGAUCUAUCUCCACUGUAACCGCUCUGGCCGCGCUCGUUCUGAUACUUUUAGUUCAAACCAAGCUGGGUUUGAUUCGAAGAAGAAGACCCAGUUCCGCUCCAAGAAAAAAGAGAUUCUUGAUUCAGCUGAACAAGAUGACCGGUCUUGUGUUUUCAUCAAAGAUCUUCGCAUUAGACGGGUUUUCUCUCUACCUGAAAAUGAUCAUAGGCUUCGCGUUGAUGAUUGUAAGGAUUCGGAACUGAUGAUAUCGGAUUCUUGCAAUGCUGAAGAUGAUAAAAAUGAGAGAUUCCACGAUGAGGCGAAAUUGGAUGAAAAUGCGAGAAAUUUUAGUCGAGAACAGAACAGUACUGAUGAUCUCUUGGUGGAGGUUUCCAAUUUAAAUGAGGAGUGUGUGCAGGCAACACCGCCCGACGCGGAGAUGGUUCGUGUGGAUAAUAAUAUGGAAUGUGUUAUGAAGAGUGACGAUCUUCAGGAUAAUAGCAUAGAUAAGAAAAUUGGAAAUAGUUCGGCACUUAAAUCCGGUGUUAAUCCAUGGUCUAGAGUUAGAGUGUUCAAAGCUCCGGGUUCACUCAGCUAUAGAAGAUUGCUUCCGUAUUUGAUGGAUAUUGUCCAAGAUCAAGCCACUAAACUUGCAGGUUCUACCCAAAAUGCUAAAUUUCCAAACAUUGAGUGCCGGCAAACUUCAGUAGGUAAAACUGGGACAGUGAAGCCUUACAUGGAGGCUCAAACUUGUGAAAAAGUUGCCAAUUCAUCUGUGCUAAUCUGUUUAGAAAAGGACAAUUCCAAUAAAUCUGACUCCCCUGCUUUACUGGUUGAUGAUAACAUUAAAAGUUCAACCCUGGAAAGCUCUUCAUUGGACGGUAGCCCUCAGGUCAUUGGAUAUCCUGAUGGUAAAAAACCAUUGGACAACUCUCUUUUCAAUACGCAGGAUGCCAAUGAACAAUCUAUUACAAUGACACGGCCAGAUGCCGACAUUUUUGGUAAAGUUUUCGCGUCUCAGAAUUCUGACCAAGUUCUUGAGAAGCCACUGAAUGGAAGUACUCACAAAAUCAAUGGUUAUUCUGGUGACAACAGAAUGGACUCGCCUUCUAAAAGAAAAUGGGGUUUAUAUCCAUGCUCACGACCCAAGCUAUUUAAGACAAAAAGCUCCUUCAACUAUAGAAGAAUGCUUCCUGUUCUUAUGGAUUUUGCUAAAGAUUUCUCUGAUAAUUCCGGAAACGUGAGCUGCCCAAAACUUGAGAAGUGUUCGCAAGAAAACCAGGUCUCACCAUUAUCCUCAUCUCAACUUCAUGAAACUCCAGUAGAGACAUUAAAUGAUAGAGGUUUACGUAUGAAGAAUGAUACUGAUUCUUGUAGUCUGGAAAUGUCAUCAUUGCCAUGUAGCAAUCAUCCAUCGAGUAGUAAUGAACAGAAUCUAGUACCUUGCGAUCACAACAUUGAUAGUCAUGUAUCAAUUGGUUCACAACAAGAAAUGGAAGCACAAGUAACGGUGAACCUGUCAAAAUCUCCAGUUGAUGUAAAUGAUAAUGAGAAUAUGAAAAGCUCAACCCUGGAAAGCUCUUCACCGUCUGAUAGCCCUCAGGUCGUUGGAUAUUUUGCAAGCACAAAUCCAUCAGAAAACUCUCCUUGUAAUGCUCAGGAUGCAAAUAAAAAAUCUAUCAAAAUGACACGGCCAAAUGCUGACAUUUUUGGUAAAGCUGUUGUGUCUCAGAAUGCUGACCAAGUGACCGAGAAGCCAAUAAAUGGAAAUAUUCACAAAAUCAAUGAUCAAUCUGGUGACAACGGAAUGGAGUCCAGUUCUAAAAGAAUAUUGGAUAUGUACCCAUGCCCACGAUCCAAGCUAUUUAAGACAAGAAGCUCCUUCAACUAUAGAAGAAUGCUUCCUGUUCUUAUGGACAUCGCUAAAGAUUACUCCGGUUUAUCAGGCGAUAACAGAAAUGUGAGCUGCCCAAAACUCGAGAAGAGUCCACAAGAAAGCCAAGUCUCACCAUCAUUUUCGUCCGAACUUCAAGAAAUUCCAGAAGAGAAAUUAAAUGACAAAAGUUUUCAUAUGAAGCAUGAUACUGAUCCAUCGAGUAGCAAUGAACCAAAUCCAACACCUUCCGAUCACAACACUGUUAGUCCAGUAUCAAUUGGUUCACAACAAGAAACGGAAGCACGAACAAUGGUGAACCUAUCAGAAAAUAAAAAUAGCGAGUCACUAGAACUAUCUGUUAGUCCUCUACCUGUUUCUGGAGAUAUUCGUGAAGUAUCUUCAUUAGAACUAUCUGCCAACAACUUUUCUCAGGAGUUGUUCAAGCUUGAAGCCUUUGUUCCUUUAGGAAUUCCUGCCAAUGGUUUGUCAAAGAGUAUCCUAAGAAGACAUCCAAGAGGAUGCAGAGGGCUCUGUACUUGUUUAAAAUGUGCUUCAUUUCACCUUCACGCGGAGAGGGCAUUUGAGUUCUCCAAAAAUCAGAUGCAGGAUGCUGAGGAAAUCGCCCUUGAUUUGAUCAAGGAGCUGUCUCAUGUACGAAAUAUGCUUGAGAAAGCUGCGCCUGACUCUAAUGAUAAUCUCGUGUUAUGCAACAAUCAGGUGAAUGAGGCUUGCAGGAAAGCAUCACAAGCAGAAGAACUAGCAAAAGCUCACCUAAACCAAAUGAAAUAUGACCUUAGCAUUCACUGCAGAAUCUCGGAUGCAGACAGACCAAGAGUUACAUUUGCUGAUAAUGUUUAAAAGCAGAGUUUAUCAUGGCUGAAUUUCCAGCAAAACUGGCUUCAAAAUACGACCAUACUUAUUUCGUGACUGUGUUCGUCUGCGUAAGGUAUAAAUUCCAUCAUGCAUGAUGAAUCGCAGAGUUGUUUCAAUGUACAUUCAGACAGAACUAAUGAUAGUGGAGUUGCUGCAUAGAGCCAUAGAGUAUGAGUUGGUAAACAUUGUUUAUUCAUGAAAACAAAAAUAAUAUACCUUCCUUGAUUCCCAAGCAUU